AUGAAAACGUCUCUAAUUGAGUGUCCGUUCGUACCAAAGUGCUUACCUAUUGAGUUUGGAAAUAUGACAAAAGAACAAUGUCAAAGUCAUUCUUGCAGUGCAACUGUGUACAUCUGCGAUCAAAUGCCUCAAAUACCAGCCAACAGAGCAUGUAUGAAACCACAAUGGUCUGCACGGGCAAUAACAGUUGGUACAGGAUUAAAUCGCCCUGUAGGACUAUUCAUAGAUAAACACGACACAUUUUAUAUCGCAGAUUUGAAUAAUCAUACUGUUCAACACUUUAUAUCAGGCUCAACUAAGGGAAUAAUUGUAGCAGGUGGAAUGGGAGUAGGAGAUGGACCAACUCAGCUAAGGUUCCCUCAUACAAUAAUCAUUGACAAAGACGAUAAUCUUUUUGUCGGCGAUUCUGGUAACCAUCGUGUACAAAAGUUUACCUCUGGUACUGUGAUUGGUACAACAAUUGCCGGUGCAAGAGGCCCAGGUAGUGAACUAUUCCAGUUUAAUGAAAAUUUCGGCAUAGCCAUUGAUCACGAAGAACAGUUGUAUGUGGCUGAUCAGCGCAACAAUCGUAUUAUGAAGUUUUCGCGUGGAUCAAAGUUUGGCACAGUUGUUACAGAACCGAAUGAAUUAAACAACCCAUUCGAAAUUUAUAUUGAUCAAUGCAACACACUGUACAUAGCGGACACUGGUAAUCAUCGCGUCCGUAGAUAUCCACAAAUGAAUCAGGUAGCUGAUACAACAAUAAUAGGAGUCAGUGGGAAACCAGGAAAUGGUUCUCAACAUUUGAAUAAGCCUUGGAGUUUAACAGUCGACACUUACGGAAACGUCUUUGUCUCUGACGAAUAUAAUCAUCGGAUUCAAAGGUGGAGUGUGAGAGACGGUACAAUUCAAACAGUUGCAGAUGUAACAGGGUCUAUCGGCAAUGAUUCCCAACGUUUACACGAGCCAAACGGUGUAGGGUUAGAUUCGAAAGGAAAUCUGUAUGUCGUAGAUCAAUCUAACUAUCGUUUACAAAUCAAUUACGUAAGCACACACGGUGACGGACGUACAUACAUAUAG